UCGACCACCUCUCUCUCUUCCAUCUCCAUCCACAGCAUCCCCUCGGAGAUUAGGGCCUCCGUUCUCUGAUCGAUCUAGAUCGAUCCCCCACAACAUCUAGAUCGGGUCUCGACGAAGAGAAGAGAACGAAGCAUCAUCUUCAGAGGGAGCAACGAUGGCUGAGUUUUUGGUUCGGCCGCUGCUGUCCACGGUGCAGAACGCUUCCAGCUAUCUUGCAGGCCAGUACAGGGUGAUGGAAGGCAUGGAGGAGCAGCGCAAAGCUCUGGAGCGCAUGCUUCCACUCAUCCUCACCGUCAUCCACGACGCACAGAACAGAACCAAACAAUCCCAAGUAGGCGCUUGGCUGCAAGAGCUCAAGAAGGUGUCCUACGAGGCGACCGACGUGUUCGACGAGUUCAGAUACGAGGCGCUCCGGCGCGAAGCCAGGAGGAAAGGGCACGGCGCUGUAAGCCUCUUCUCCUCUCGUAACCCAAUCGUGUUUCGCUACAGGAUGGGCAAGAAGCUGCGGAAGAUCGUGCAGAGAAUCAAGGAACUUGUCGAGGAGAUGAAUUCCUUUGGGCUCGUACACCGGCAGGAAACACCGAGGCAGUCGAGGCAAACUGAUUCAGUGAUGCUUGAUUUUGAGAAGGAUAUUGUUAGCAGAUCCAGAGAUGAGGAGAAGAGGAAGGUUGUCAAGAUAUUGGUGGAUGAAGCUAGCGACAGGGAGCUCACAGUCCUUCCUGUUGUUGGAAUGGGUGGUCUUGGCAAGACUACAUUUGCACAGCUCAUCUACAAUGACCCUGAAAUCCUGAAGCAUUUUCAGCUUCGCAGGUGGUGUUGUGUGUCUGAUGAAUUUGAUGUCGUUAGCAUCGCAAACAACAUAUGUGUGAGCACAGAGAGAAAUCGUGAAAGGGCACUGCAAGAUCUGCAGAAGGAAGUAAGUGGAAAGAAGUUUCUGAUAGUGUUGGAUGAUGUGUGGAAUAGGGAUUCUGACAAGUGGGGAAAGUUAAUGACCUGCCUUAAGCAGGGCUCCAGGGGCAGUGUGGUACUAACAACAACUCGGGAUGUCAAAGUCGCUACAAUUAUGGCUACCAGUGAAGUUGAAGUGUAUAAUCUUGGUAAGCUAGGAGAAGUGUAUUUGAAGGAAAUAAUCCAAAGUAAAGCAAUUGGUUUGCCAGGAAGUGAUGAGCAUUUGGAAGUUCUUAAUAAAAUUGUUCAGAGAUGUGAUGGCUCUCCUUUAGCUGCAAAAUCCUUUGGCUCUGUGUUGUCUAGCAGGAGUACUGUACAAGAAUGGAAGGAUAUAUUAGCCAAAAGUAACAUUUGCAAUGAGGGGGAGGACACAAUUUUUCCUAUACUUCGUCUCAGCUAUGACGACUUACCAUUUGACAUGAAGCAAUGCUUUGCUUUCUGUGCUAUAUUCCCAAAAGAUUAUGUGAUUGAUGUGGAGACUUUGAUUAAGCUAUGGUUGGCACAUGACUUCAUACCAUUACAAGAGGAUGACAAUCUAGAAUCGGCAGCCGAAGAUAUCUUCAAGGAGCUAGUUUGGAGGUCAUUUUUUCAAGAUGUAAAGAAAUCUUCUAUAUGGACCACAUGCAAGAUACAUGAUCUUAUGCACGACAUUGCUCAAUCUGUUAUGGGAAAAGAAUGUGUCAGCAUAGCUGGAAGGUCCAAUUUUAUAAGUCUGUUAUCAGAACAUCCUAGGUAUCACUUUCACUCAUCAUACAAAGAGACUGUUCUCUUAGAUGACUUUAUGAGAAAACAAUCUCCAACUCUCCGGAGUUUAUUGUUUGAACGAUGGUUUAAUUACUUCAGCACAUCACAUUUAUCCAAGUGCAGUUCUCUGCGAGCACUGAAGCUCCUACGAUGCAGCGAAUUCUUACCAAUCGGGCACCUUCAGCACCUAAGAUAUCUCAAUAUCUCAUCAAACAGUUGUAUCAAAAAGCUUCCUAAAGAUAUAUGCAUACUCUACAAUCUACAGACUUUGGUCCUCUCUUAUUGUAAAAAUCUUGUCGAACUUCCAAAGGAUAUGAAGUAUAUGAAAAAUCUGCGACACCUUUAUACGGAUGGAUGUCCAAAAUUGAAGUACAUGCCUCCGGACCUUGGACAGUUAACUUCCCUGCAGAUAUUAACAUCUUUUGUGGUGGGAGCUAGGUCUGGUUGCAGUAACCUUAGAGAAUUGCGUACCUUAAACCUUUGUGGCAGGCUACAGUUAUGUGGCCUAGAAAAUGAAAAGGAAGAAAAUGCGAAAGCAGCCAAUCUUCGAAACAAAGAGAAACUUACACAUUUGUCUCUUGAGUGGAAUAGCAACUGCCAUCUUGAAGGAACAAAUUCCCCUUAUAAGGUUCUUGAUGCUCUUAAACCUCAUCACAGGCUGCAGAUGCUUAAGGUAAUUUCCUAUACAGGCAGUUCUUUUCCAGCAUGGAUAACAGACCUUGGUGUCCUGCAAAACUUGAUAGAGCUCCAUUUAGAGGGCUGUACAAUGUGUGGAGAAUUUCCUCAGUUCAUUCGUUUCAAGUUUCUUCAGGUUCUUUAUCUGAGUAGACUUGAUAACUUGCAAACCCUAUGUCGCGAGGAAGGAAGACAAGGAACAGAACAAGCAUUUCAUCAGCUUGAGAAGGUUGUCAUCAACAUCUGUCCAAAGUUUCAAACAUUGUGCUCUGGUGUGGCAUCCACUGCAUUUCCAGAACUAAAGGAAGUCAAGUUAAUGGAUUUGGAGAGCUUUGAGACAUGGGUGGCAAUGGAAGGGAGGCAAGGUUACAUGCCAACAUUUCCUCUGCUUGAGGAGGUUGAAAUCAACAAGUGCCCAAAAUUGACAACUCUACCUGAAGCACCAAAGCUCAAGAUUUUAAAUCUAAAUGAAAACAAAGCGCAGCUGUCCUUGUCAUUGCUUCAAUCCAGCUAUAUAUCCUCAUUGUCCAAGCUAAGAUUGGAAAUAGAUGACAAAGAAACAACCCUGCAGCUGCUUGAUCAGAUCCACGAAUCAUCUCUCUCAGAAAUGGAGUUAACACAUUGCAACAUUCUCUUCCCCUUGAGCCCAUCACAGUCAAAAAUGAGGAUCUGGGAAUGGCUUGGACAACUUGUUGAGCUGAAAAUCGACUCCUGCGAUUCGCUCAUCUACUGGCCAGAAGAAGAGUUCCUAUGCUUGGUAUCCCUGAAGAAAUUGACCAUCAAGGAGUGCUAUAACCUAAUUGGCCGUCCUACCCAGGUGACAGGAAAUCCAACUCUCCUGCCACAUCUCACAUCGCUUUAUGUUUCUAAGUGUGUCAGGUUGAGAGAGCUCUUUGUUCUUCCACCAUCUAUCAAAUAUAUUACAAUUAAUGACUCCAUUUGUCUUGAGAGCUUCUCAUUCCCCUCCUAUCAUCUGCCAUGCCUAGAACGUCUAAGUUUCUGGAAUUGUCGUUCAGUGGUAACACUUCAGAACCUACCACCAUGCCUUAUGCUGUCCAUUGAUGCAUGUUGGGAGCUUCAAUCGCUGUCAGGGCAGCUGGAUGAACUCAAGCAUUUGGGCAUUGUACGCUGCAAUAAACUGGAGUCACUGAAUUGCUUGGGAGAAUUGCCAUCACUGGAACAUCUUGACCUUAAGAUGUGCAAACGUCUAGCAUCGGCGCCAUGUGGCCCAAGGAGUUACUCAUCUCUUUUGAGUAUUACAAUCCAAGACUGCCCAAGAAUGAAUAUGAAGAAGGUAUAUGAGUGGCUCCGGCCACGGCUGGAUAGCCUUGAGGAAAGAGACCUGUCACAUGCUCAUACAAGAGUAAUUUAUGAAGAGUCUAAAUGCCCGACACUAAAAUCAUGGAAAUAUGCUAUUACUCGCCGUUGGUGAGCCCAAGCACGUCAGUGAUGACCUGAAUUUAAAAAUUUCAGGAGACCAUUAAGGUUUGUGGAACGAGAUUUGCUCCGGUUUAACAAAAAAUAUCUCGAGGUGUUAUUCCUUUUUCCUUGGGUACAUUGCCUAAACGCCCUACACUAAGGGACCGAAAAUCGUGGAAAUAUAUGGUGCUUUUGCUGGCUGUCGGUGAGCUGGUGCACGUCACUGAUGACCUGAAUUUAGAGAGAUCAGGAGACAAAGGAUUGCUCCCGUUCAUACAAACAAUCAAUAGGCAGCUCCGAGUAUAUUCAGUAUCUGUCCUGUUGAAGGAAAUCUCUGAUGUAUAUUUUUAGUUUAUUUGAGUAUUGUAUGUUAUGACUAAUGAAGCAGCUUGAGGAACUCGGUUUUCGGCAGAGUAAAUUCAAAAUUUCGACCUUGUCUGAACAAUUACUCCUGUAUCCAUGUGGUACAGUGGUAGUAUUCUGUAUUUAUCUUGUCUGAACAUAUAUACCUCUAUACUUGUUGUAUGUCACCGGUACUGGCUUGCUUUUUGUGGUAACGCAUACAGUUGGAGGUAUAAUUAAUCUACUAUAU